AUGUUUCCUGCAGAGAAACCUGCUCUCCUCAAUACAAUCGCUAGAAGACUCACUGGCCAUUCCACCGAUACGAACGUAGUCUCCAUGUACAAUCUGCUAGACGAAGCUUCUCUCAAUAAAAUAGCUGAGAAUGCCGCUUCUCGAGUAUGGAAUGGAUUUGUCACAUUUGGUUCUGCAACAGCCGGUAUAUUUGGCAUCCUAGUAGUCAUCCGCAUUAUAAAAAUCAUUGUCGAUACUGCUAUUCAUGGAUAUGCUCUACAUACUGCCUAUGGAUGGAGUUUACAUUUAUUGGGAGCGAUCUGGAGCUCUCUCGCCCAUUUAUUACUUCAUCUCGCACGAGGACCAAUUAACAAAGACGACAACAACAAGGACGACAUAUCACCACCCUCUGCACCCAAAGAGCCACCCCUAUUGCCCCUAGAACCACCAGCGACCGAUUGUUCUUUAAAAAUAAGCGAAAAUGCUGGAGUCAACAUCGAAUCAGCAACCAUUGAGAUAGAUGAUUCUGAAAAUCAUGCUUAUAGAAAUCUAAGAGACCGAUUGAAGAAUCUCGAACAAAUCACUACGAAAACAUCGUAAUUUGUUCUUAAAUAAGGGGGGAGGUGUAACGUCCUGCCAAUUUUAAAAACUAUAUUUUAGCUAGUAAUUAAGUACCGCUUUUAUCCCUACAAAAUACCUAUAGAAUAAUUAUGUAAUCCAUUUGCUUUUAUUUUAAUUGUUAACUAAUUUCAUUAAUCGCUUAUUAUUUUAGUUCCAUAUGGUUAUUUAGCCUAAAACCUGAAUAUAUUUUAAUCCUUUUAGUAAUAAUAAUCGAUGGCGCAAGGAAUUGAGAAUUCCUUGGAUCGACGAAUCAGGAAGCAUUAUUUAGAACUAGCUAGUUGUACAG